UCCAUCUUCCCCGUGUUUCCUUCCAUUUGCUGCGGCGAAGGCGCUCUCGCAGAAGCCCUCAUGGCGACGGUGGCCCGCACCGCCCUCAGGAGGAUCGGCGGCCGCUCCUUCCGCCCGUCGCUGGCCGCGGCGGCGCACCAGCACCAGCAGCCGCACCCCACCCCACCUCGCUCCAUGGUCGCCGUUCCACAUCGCAGCUGGUCCUCCACCCCCUUGCCUGCCAUCGUCCCUCCCACUCCAGACAUCAACAGGAAGUUUCAUCUGGACGUGAGUGGCAAGCUGCUUCCCGAGAUCGGGUUUACCACGGACCAUGCCUACAGGAUCUCCAUCUGCGAUGACAAUGCUGACUCCGCAUCAAACAUAGUGAGGGACUUCCUGAAGGCACUUCAGUCAAACAGACCAGAGGAUCUCGAGGCGUAUCUGAGGCACCAGGUCUCUAUUGUGGAGGUAAAGAAGGUGGUCAGCGGAGCUGCUAUCGAAAUCACGCUCCAGGGAAUAGAGCGAACCGCCGAAAUCCGUUUUGAGAUUGAAGCGCUCAAGCAGAUGGUGGUGGAUGAGGCCACCUCCACCAGGGCUGGGGUGGAGUCCUUGAAGACAGUGGUGGCGGACACGAAGAAGGAGCUGCAGGAGCUGAAGACCUCCACCAGUGCCCAAGUGGGGUGCUUGAAGACUGCCGUGGCGGGCACGCAGAAGGAGGUCCAGGAGCUGCAGACGGAUAUGUCAGAUAAGGACUUUGCCACGGUGGUCUUUCGCAACACUGUCGCUAAUGUGGCGUGCGCAUUUCUGGUUUUCUUGUCUGGGAAGGUGACGUUCACUGUUACUGAAGCAGCGGUGGACUUUGUGAACCACGUAGGGAUAUGAACGUACUGUAAUGAGCUGAAGAAGUGUUCCCACGGACCACACUACUGGUUGGGUUAAUCUGGGAGUCAUGUGUCAUGUCUUGUGGUUUAGUUUUGCUUGAAAGGGCAAGCCAUCCUCUGGACUGUAGAUGAUCAAGUGUGGUAGGUUUGCUCUUGCCUAAUUGCAAAAUGUUGUGUUGGCCCA